AUGUCGUUUCAUUCAAGACAACCAUCGAUUGCUUCAUCGAUGUUAUCAAGUAAUACAACUCAUCCUCAAUUCAUUGGACCUUGGAAAUUAGGACGUACUUUGGGUAGAGGAGCAACAGGAAGAGUACUUUUAGCCACCCACAAAGUCAAUGGACAAAAAGCUGCAGUUAAGGUGGUAUCCAAAUCAGAUUUAGAUGAAGAUGAAAUACAAAAACCAACUCAAGGUGGUUUACCUUAUGGAAUUGAAAGAGAAAUCAUUAUUAUGAAAUUAUUAACUCAUCCCAAUGUUUUAAGAUUAUAUGAUGUUUGGGAAACCAGUAAAAAUCUUUAUUUAGUUCUUGAAUAUGUUGAAGGAGGUGAAUUAUUUGAUUUACUCGUUGAAAGAGGUCCUUUACAAGAAUCAGAAGCCAUUAAAUAUUUCAGACAAAUCAUUUUGGGGACAGCUUAUUGUCAUGCAUUGGGAAUUUGUCAUAGAGAUUUAAAACCUGAAAAUUUACUUUUGGAUUCUAAUUUGAAUGUUAAACUUGCAGAUUUUGGUAUGGCUGCAUUGGAAAGUAAUGGGAAAUUAUUGGAAACAAGUUGUGGAUCUCCUCAUUAUGCAGCACCAGAAAUCGUUAGUGGAUUAAAAUAUCAUGGAUUUGCUUCCGAUGUUUGGUCUUGUGGGGUGAUAUUGUUUGCCUUAUUAACGGGAAGAUUACCAUUUGAUGAUGAAAAUAUCAGAGAUUUAUUACUUAAAGUUCAAGCUGGUUCAUUUGAAAUGCCAACCGAUAUAAGUUUUGAAGCUGCUGAUUUAAUUGGGAAAAUGUUAACUGUUAACCCUGAUCAAAGAAUUAAGACUAAUUUAAUCUUAAAACAUCCUUUAUUAAACAAAUAUCCUAUUCCUAAUGAAGAUUUAAUUAGUGUUAAAAGUUUACCUCAUCCACAAACUGCUUAUAAGUCAUUGGGAUCAAUCAAAAACAUCGAUAAACAAAUUUUACAGAAUUUAUCAAUCUUAUGGAAUGAUAGACCUCAACAAGAAAUCAUUUCAUGUUUAUUAACCAAUGGAUCUAAUCCAGAAAAGACUUUUUAUGCAUUAUUAAUGAGAUAUAGACAUAAUCAAGAUGAUUAUGUGGGACAACCUAAUGGUAGAAUAGUUAGAGGUAAUUCUAUUAAAAGAAAUACAUCAUUCAGAAAUAAUAGAAUAAGUCAAAUAUCAGCAUCAUCAUCACGUAAUAGACCUGUUCUGUUCCAAUAUAAAAAUGGUAUUAGAACCAGUGUUAGUGGUAGAAUAUCUGCAUCUUCAAGUGUACAGAAUUCUCCAUAUAAAUCUCCAUAUAAAUCACCCAGAAAAUCACCAUAUAAAUCUCCUAGAAAUUCUCCUUUCAGAGGAUCACCAAGAAGAUCACCAAUGAAAAAUUAUGAUCAUUCAACUACAUCUCCAGCAAUUCCAAGAAAUAUUUAUAAUGAAAUUGUUAGUGCUCAAAGAAGUGGUUCAAUGACAAUGCCUCCACCAUUACCUUCAAAAGAUUCAAUGGAUCAUUAUAAGAGAAUUCUGAAUUAUAAUGCUACUGAACAACCUCAAGAUUUAAUGGCAUCAGCUAAUUUCUCUCCUACCAAAUCUCCUAAAAAGAGAAAUUCUUUAAUGAGAUCAAUGUCAAAGAAUAGACUUUCUCGUAGGAAAUCUUUAAGAGCUUCAACCGGUUUAAAACGUAAUUCUAUUACUGUUAAAUUAUUAUCAACUUAUGCCAAAUUAUCUGGAGAUUCCGAUUGGGAAUAUAUGGAUAAACAAACUCGUAGAACUUCAGCUACUUUUGCUACUUUAUGUGAUAAGAUCUUUAAUCAACAAGAAUAUGAUGAAGAUGAAGAGAAUUUGGUUGAUGAAGAAGAAAAACAGGCAAGAGAAUAUGAAAGAUUAAUGGAAAUUGAACGUAAAAAGCAUGAAGCUGAAGUUAAAGCUAGAAAAGAAUUAGCUAAACAAAGAAGAAGACAAAAGAGGAAAUCUUUAUUAUCUUCCCGUAAGUUAAGUAUAUUCAUUAAAGAUGAUAGUAAUAAUAGUGAAAAUGAAGUUAUUGUUAAUAGUACUGAACUUGAUCAACCUAAAAGACAAUUAAGAUCAAUUUCUGAAGGUACAGGGAAGAAAUUAGAUGAAGAAUUAACUCCGGAAGAUUUGGUUAAUAUCAAACAACGUUCAGUUACUCAACCAAUCCCAAGACAAAGACAACAUCCGGUAUUGACCCGUAGACCUGUUUCAAGAUUAGAUCCUUUAUGGACAGCUUAUGAGAAUCAAGAACUUAAUAGAGCUCAAGAUGCUUUACAAGCUGAAUUCAAAGAAUCCAAGAAAUCUAAGAAAAAGAACAGAGAAUCUAUGAUUUCAGUGGUUGAUAUGGAUCGUCAACCUGAAAUCUUACCUGAAGUUGCCAUGGAAAGAAGUGAUUUAAGUGAAGAAUAUCUUCUGGAAAUCAGAAAAUCUAAACUUCUUAAUUCUCAAUUAAAUAUUCAUGGAAUUGUUAAAGGAGAUAAACAAAUCGAUAUACCUAAGAAGAAUCAACGUCAUACAUUGAUUGGUGAUGUUAAAAUUCCAAAUGUUACCAGAAAAUCCCGUCAUUUUACUAAUUCCAACAAAAGGUUAUCGGUAUUAUCGAUGUAUUCCACUAAGGAAAGUUACCAUGAUUUGAGUUCUAUUGUUCAAGAUGAAGGUAAUAAGGAUAAAGCUAAAAUGCCAACUAUGAGAACCAGUUUUGCUGAUAGAUUGAAUCGAGCAGGAAUGGAGAAUUCAUUUGAAGAAGAUGAUGAAGAACCUUUAGAUCAAGGAUCAAUCAUGGAUUUCGAUGAACAUUUAGCUGCUAAAAGAUCAAGUUAUUAUGCUGGUACUCGUUCUAAUACUGUCAAAAGACAUUCUAAAUCUACCAAUAGACCGAUUUCUGAUUUACCUAAUUUACCUCCAUUGAAAUCGAAAUCUAAGAAGUAUGAUGAAACUUUUGCUAGUAAAAAGAAAGGCGAAGAAGAUUAUUAUGGUGGGGUUUUAGAUAGAGAUGAAGAGGAAGAAGAUGAAGAAGAUUUAGAAGAAGGUGAAACCAAAGUAUUUGAAAAUAUCAAAUUACCUCCAGCUAAAAACCAUGAAUCUACUGAAAAGUCUCGUAAAACUAAAUCAAUGCAACCAAGUGCUGAAUCAAUGUUAUUACCAAACCUUGAACAGUUUGAAAACAAACCAAAAACUCCAAAACCUUAUGCAACUACCAAACCCCCACAAUCCAAACCUCAACCAAAACCUCAACCAAAAUCUGAUUAUCAAACCAAACCAAAACCUUUGGAAGAUUCAACUAAUAAACCAAAGAAUAAAUCUAUCUUUAGAAAGUUAUCUUGGGGAACUAAGAAACAAUUGGAUGAUAUUUCAAAUACUCAAUUACCUUCACCUGCUAAUUCUCGUGAACAAUCAUUUGAAGAGAAACCUCAAAGACAGAAUUCUUUCUUUAAAUGGUUCUCUUCAAGUAAUCAAGAAUCUUUAGAUUCAGAGAUUAGAAGAUUCCGUACCAUAUUACCUAAACAGGAAAUGUCAACGGCUUUAUUUGCCUUAUUAAAUUCCUGGUCGAAUUUCGGGUUAAAGAAUCUUAAGAAUGAUAAUUAUUCUUAUAUCAUAACUGGGGCUAUCUCCAAACAUAAUGCUUUCAACUUGAAGAGUUGUAAGUUCAGAAUUAAGAUCAAUUCUAGAGAAUUAAACCAAAAAUCAGAGAUUGUUUGUGCCAGAGUUAAAGGAUCUAAAGUAACAUCAACAACUUUGUUUAAGGAAAUUGAAAAGGUUUUGUGUAAGGAAGGGGUAAUGGAUAGUUAA